GCCCCCAACAGCGACCUGGAGCGAAUCACUCUGCCCAGCAUCAAUCGCCUGCGUCACUUCAUCAACGACACCAUCCUGGACGUUUUCUUCUACAACAGCUCCACCUAUUGCCAGACCAUCGUGGACACCGUGGCCUCCGAAAUGAACCGCCUCUACCAGCUCUUCCUCCAGAGGAACCCCCUCUUCAAAGGAGGGGUCUCCAUUGCGGGGCACAGCUUGGGGUCGCUGAUUUUGUUCGAUCUCCUGACAAACCAGAAGGCUGCUCCCGAGGAGGACGAGCACAGCCAGGAGGGGUCCAGGACAACCUCAAGCAACAGGGGCAUCGAGGCCGUAAAAGAAAUUCUGAAGAAGCUGGAGUUGUCCGAAUAUUGUGAUGUUUUCGAGAAGGAGAAAAUGGACAGGCAAGCGCUGUUCUUGUGCACGGAGAAGAACCUCAAAGAAAUGGGAAUUCCCUUAGGACCAAGAAUGAAGAUCCUUCAUUACAUCAGCUCCAAGGCGGAGAUGCAG